AAGAAGAUUUACGUCCAACUCUGCAUAACCUUGAAAUUUUAAGUAAUGCUGCCAACGAAGAUGUUAAACAUCAACUCAAAUCAGCAUUUUACCCUUUUCAGAAUGUUACAAAUGCCCAAAAUGACUUAAAAAGAAAAAUAGAAAAUUGGUGGUGGAUACUUAUUUAUGUCAAAGCGAUGCUGAAUCUGUUCAAAUGUUUAGUCAAGUUCAUCAACGUAACGUAA